CAGUCUUUCGUUCGAGAUAUCGAAUUUUUGCCAUUACCCGGCCAGUGAUUGAGAGAGGGACCUGUGGUCGAACUGAAUCUACUUCCGCCAAAUCUAUCAGGAUACCGCAAGUUUAGGGUAAAACUAAGUUUUUACCACGUUGAGGGUCGCCUAGAUACCGACUGGGUUAAAGGAGAUUUCAGCCAGUCAGGUUGGUGUGUCGGGGGUUUAAAGUAUUUAGCGCCAUCUGGUGUUUAUCACUACGAGGGUUGUGACUUUUUACCUCAACAGAAAAUCAUCUUGAAUUUAAUGUUCUUCCCUCCCCACCCAAUCCCACCCCACCAACAGAUGUGUCCUCUGGGCAGUAUUCGGCAACUGUUCGUCACCAUGACAACGGCUUCGCUUCCUCUCCUCGUGUUACUGAAUGAAUUUGUUGAAGACAGACCCGUAAACGGCGGCACGGACAGAAACGUUGUGAGAUCAUAAAGCAACGUCUCGAAAUCAGCGGUGGAGUGGCGUUUUUGUUUAAUCGCACGUUGCAAAGACUUAACGAACAGAUUCUUUUUUUUGUUGUUGUUGUUGUUCUUCUUCUUGUUAUUUCAGCAUUUUUUUAUUGUUUUAGUUGUCGUUCGUAUAGACAGCAAUGAUAUGGAGAGUUAAUUUAUCGUACGAUAACUAGGGUGACAAGCUUCUGGGUGGUGUGUGUGUCAUGGCGGAAGUCGAAAACGGACCAUUAAAUGAAAAUAAAUCUGUAAAAUGCGAAUUGAAAUGUAAUGUGGACAACAUCAAAUCAGCAAUGGUUGUAAAGGAAGGAAGAUUUGGAGACGGACAGAGUAAGGACGUAAGGAACGCGUCCGGAAAGAAGGAAAACAAAGAAAAGGAAAGGAGUAGCCCCCGGAAGUCCAGAAGGUCUAAACAUUAUGUAAGACCCUCUUUACCUCCUGUUCCAGUAGGUUGUGAAGCUGAAGAAAUCGUGUGCAGUGCUUCCUUUCGACGAAGUGGUGUCGUGCGUGGGCGUUUAGUUAAGUCCUCUGGCGGCGAGCUUCUAAACUAUUUUUGUUAUUACAGUCGUACGGAUUAUAAACCCGGAGAUACUGUUUACAUAGAUAGCCAGCGGCCAGAUCAACCCUUUUAUGUAUGUAGUAUCCAGUCCUUCUUCAAGAGUAAGAAAGAUGUGUUAAUGGUCAGUGUCAGAUGGUACUACAGACACUGCGAGGUUCCAGACACUGUUUACCAACUUCUAGUACAAGACAGAAACAAUGAAAAUGUUUCUGGAAAAGACUUAGUCAUCCACGACCCUGUAGUCAAAACUAGAGAACUCUUUAUUUCUGACGCUACUGACUGUCAUCCAGUAUCAGUAUUAAGGGGACACUGUAAGAUUCAAUAUUACCCUGACAUAUUUUCUGCCAAAGAUUUUCUGCCAAAACAAGAUACAUUUUUCUACAUACUUGGUUACAACCCUGAGACUCGCAGGCUGGCUAGUACACAGGGGGAAAUUCGGGUUGGCCCGAGUCAUCAGGCGAGGCUGCCUGAGUGCCAGCCUCAUCUCACGCCCCGCGAAAUGCCCGAAAAGAGCGAAUCUCUAGAGGAGCUCUGCUGGUCUCCUGGUGUUCCUGAUUGUGAUCUGAUGAUGUAUCUUCGUGCUGCUAGAAGCAUGGCAGCCUUUGCAGGCAUGUGUGAUGGUGGAUCAACAGAGGAUGGUUGCUUAGCAGCAUCAAGAGAUGAUACUACCAUUAAUGCCAUGGACCUGCUUCAUGAAAGUAACUAUGAUACCGGCAAGGCUCUUCAGGCCCUGGUCAGGAAUCCAGUACCACGGGGGAUCAGCAAGAAGUGGUCUGAAGAAGAACAAAAACGAUUUGUGAAGGGUUUACGGCAGUUUGGGAAGAACUUCUUUAAAAUCAGAAAGGAAUUAUUGCAUCAGAAAGAAACUGCCGAUUUGGUAGAAUUUUACUAUUUAUGGAAAAAAACACCAGGUGCUGCCACCACACGACCCCACAGAAGACGACGUCAGAAUGUUCUUCGCCGCAUCAAGUCGUGCCCAAAGCCUAACAAGUCGACAUCGAACGAGUAUAAUCUGAGUUCGGCAAGUGAAGAAGAGGAAUCGGACGACUCUGACUCCAAAGAUUUAAGCGGUUAUAUCUGCCACCACUGCUGUACUAAAGCUUCCAAAGACUGGCACCAUGCUGGCAGAAACAAGGCUCUUCUAUGUACGGAAUGCCGUCUUUUCUUCAAAAAAUAUGGAGAGCUACCCCCACUGCAGAAAAAUGGAGAGCCUUCUCCAGUCAAACUCAAGUCUAUUAAACAAGAAGAGGAGGAGGUAGAACAGUCUCUAAACGGAUCACACGUCAUGCAGACUCGAAGAAGCAAAGAGAAUCAGAAGUCUAAGAAGAACAAACAUACAAAUGGAAAUGCAUCUACCCCAGAUAUUCAUGGAAAUUACAGUAGGGGAAUAUUUUUUCUGUUGUUAAUCAAGGAACUGGCAGAAGAAGACCUGUGUAAGAGUAGGAAAAGGUUAAGAGACAACAACAACACAACUCUCCAGGCUGAAACGGAGGAAGCCAGAACUCCCAAGAAGAAGAAAUCCACCAUAGAGAGGCCGUUUAGUCCCACUGAAUCGUUAAGUACAGAUAGCAGCAGUGUGUGCAAUGAAGAAAAUGGAAAUGAAGGAGAUAAUGAGGAAGGUGACGGUGAGCUAUUCAGUUCUCCUCCUUCUCCAGUCUAUAAUGUAAUUCAGCCGUUCUCUGAGAACAUGAAGAUAGAACAAGAAGAAAGUGCAACAGUUAAAGUAGAAGUUCAAGAAGAUGCCCAAAAGAUUUCUGAAAUAACUGAGAAUCAAAAUCAAGAUACCUCUUCAAUGUGGGAGGAACCAGAAAGAGUUAUGUUGUCUCCUAAGAUUAAAGUUGAACCACUUCCACUGGCCAGUGAAAGUGAAAAUACUCCUUUACAACAGCAAGUCUGUAACUCCUUUGUUGAUACUGUUGUGGCCUCUUAUCCACCUCCCAUUUUGUUGCCAUCAGCAUCUUUGUCACCACUGAUCAAAGUCAAAGAAGAAGUAAUUUCAGAUAGACCACAGCAGGUUUCACCAAUUCAAGAAAAUACCAAACAGUCUCCUUCUCCACUAAAAAUACCAAUCUUUCAUCCUGGUUUACCCAUAGAUUCACAUGUGCCCCUGAAAAGCCAGUUACCAAGAGUAAAUGAGGUUUUGGAUCAAUUAACACCUUCAAGUCGGGACACCUGUACUCGCACACCACCUCUAAAGCCUCAAGAGAUCAAAAAAGAGCCGCUUGAUCAUCAAGAAGUUCCUCCUGAGUCUUUGUUUUUAUAUAGUAAAUCACAAGUAUCAGAAGCUUCAGGGAUAACCUCUUUGACACUGGAACAUUCAUCUACUGUAGCUUUUGCUACAGAAUCUAAACCUCAUCAGCUGCUUUCAACCCCUAUACCUGUAGAUGGGUCAGUAGUAAAAUCCACAGUGAGCACAGGGCAGACUUCAUCACCAGCACUAUCACUGUCAAUGUCAGCUGUGAUCACAUCUACAGCUUCAACUGUUACUACAACUUUCACCUCUGCUACAGCAAUUGUAACAACCACAACAUCAGUCACCAAACCAAUUCCUUCUGGCAUGCAACCAUCAAAUUCAUCACCGUCUUCAUUGCAUCUUUGUCAAGAAGCUCUUGUGCCUCCCAGUUAUUCUUAUCGACCUUACUUCUCACCCCACUUGCAUCCUUCUGGAAUGCCCCUACCUCAUCUUCCCUACCCUCCAUUAUCCCCAAACCAUCAGCAGUCAUCACCAAAAGUGAGGGUUUCUCCAGCUUCAUCUCCUAUGUCUGGAAUUCCAAAUCAUAGGGGGUCAGAAAGAACUCCUUCCAAAGUACAAACACCUUCAUCUAGUAACUGUGUCUCAACAGGAAUUAGAUCCUCUCCUCCACCCAUAAUCACUACUUCAUUUCCUGGAAAGCCAUCAUUGUCUGCUUCUCAUACACCUCUAGCACCAACAGUCUCCUCCACUUCUGUUUCAGCAUCCAGUACAUCCUCCACAAAAAGUAAUUCGAUAGAAUCCUCUCCUCCUAAAGAAGCCAAAAACAAAAACGUGUUGCCAGAAGUCCUUAAAAGCGAACCAUUGGGACGUUUCCCAUUGCAUGAGUCAAGUUCUGGAAACAAAGGACAAGAUGCUGAAUGCCACCGCAGUGAGUCAGCAAUAUUUUUACGAAGGCACACACACGGAGUAGAGUUCAACUCUUGUGCACGUACAGACCUUGUUUUUAAACCUGUACCAGACUCAAAGCUAGCUAGGAAACGUGAAGAGUUAGCAAGAAAAGCUGCAGAAAAGGAGAAAGAGGAAAGCAGGGAUAAAGCAAAGUCUGCAGAAAAGAGUCAUUGUGGAGAAAAGUCAACUUUAAACUCUCACCGCGCAGAAGCUCACCAGCAAGCAAGUGUUGAAAGUACGAUUUCCCGAGGCUACUCGGAUAUGCCAGCUCUCCGUCAGCUCAGUGAAUAUGCUCACCCACAUGCUAUGUACUCCCCCGGUUAUGUUCGGACCACAGCAGCCGGCCAGUUCACUCCAAUCACUACCGCAUCAGUGCCUAUUGGAGUACCACAUCCAAGCAUGGACCCGUUAUUGCAGUACCAAAUAUCGGCAGGAAUGUAUGGUGCUUCUGCUCGUGAAAGGCUUGAAAUGGAGUUGGAAAGAGAAAAAAGAGAUCGUGACUUUCAAGAGAAAUUAAAAGCUGAAAUAGAAAUGAAGGCACGACUACAGCCAAAUGCUUUUGACCCUCAUUGGCUAGAAUUCCAGCGUCGUUACGGACCUGUGGUCUCUGGAGCUGGAAUGUCUGGAAUGAUUCCAAGUACUUCAAAUACUGGUCUUCAUGACUCUCCAUUCAAUGUCUAUGCUUCGUAUGAUCGAGAACGUCUCGAGCGACUGGGUAUCCCCACCACUAUGUCUGAAGGAGGACAUCCAAAUCUUGACCGUUUGACUGCAGAGCGACUUCACGGUGAACGUUUGGCUUUGGCCACAGAUCCUCUUGUCCGGCUUCAGAUGGCAGGGAUAACACCGGAUCUACAGAAUCAUGCCCAUACCCAUGCCCACACUCAUGCACAUGCUCACACGCAUUUGCAUCUCCACCCACAAGAUGCCAUUUCUGCAGCAGCCGCAGCAGCAGCCGCAAUCUUUGGAGGGCCACAUCAUAAUGAUCAAGCUCACCCAUCAUCUGGCCCACAUCCACUCUUGCCACCUUCAGUUUAUCCACCUCCACGUGCAGGGUUUGCACCCCCUAGAGGAGAAAUGUUGUAUCCAGGCCAAGGUUUGUUACGACCAGCUUACGAGGACCAGUUUGCUCAACAGUUAUCAGCGGCUCAUAUGGCACAGCAGGAACAUUUUCAUCGACAAAUGCUGAUGGAACGAGAGAUAUUGGCCCGCACCGGAGGAGCAAUGCCACCUCAACUUCUGGCACAGCAUGAAGAAUUCCUUCGCCACCAGCAACAACACGAACGUGAAAUGAAACUUCGCAAAUUGGAAGAAGCUGCUCGGGGAGGUCACUAAGCUGACAAACUUUCCAGUCUUGUUUCUAGUUUCCUUUUUUUAUUGUUGAAUAUGUUGUUAUUGCUCAGUGAAGACCUAUAAAUACAAUAGAAUAAUUUGUAGUAAUCUUCACAUUAACAGCCUAAUGGUUUUUUAAGGUGCUGAUUAACACUUUAUGAAGACUUGAAAGAACGAUUUGAUUAUGAUACUUGUCGAGACCGUACACGGCUUAUGGUAUAUCAUCUAAGGCUGAUUAUAAUACUUGUCGACUGUACACAGCUUAUGGUAUAUCAUCUAAGGCUGAUUAUGAUACUUGUCGAGACCGUACACAGCUUAUAGUAUAUCAUCUAAGGCUGAUUAUAAUACUUCUCGAGACCGUACACAGCUUAUGGUAUAUCAUCUAAGGCUGAUUAUAAUACUUGUCGACUGUACACAGCUUAUGGUAUAUCAUCUAAGGCUGAUUAUGAUACUUGUUCGAGACCGUACACAGCUUAUGGUAUAUCAUCUAAGGCUGAUUAUAAUACUUGUCGAGACCGUACAUGGCUUAUGGUAUAUCAUCUAAGGCUGAUUAUAAUACUUGUCGAGACCGUACCAUGGCUUAUGGUAUAUCAUCUAAGGCUGAUUAUAAUACUUGUCGAGACCAUGAUAUACACAGCUUAUGGUAUAUCAUCUAAGGCUGAUUAUGAUACUUGUCGAGACCGUACAUGGCUUAUGGUAUAUCAUCUAAGCACUCAUGAAAAUUGCUUUGUGCUAUAAGUUAUUAUUUUCUCUUUCUACAACACUAAUGAUGACAGAAUAGCAGUCUUGUGUUCCCGAUAGGUGUUUUAAAAUUAACAACUGUUUUUAUUCCUUUGUCAGAGUAAGAUUAAUUUUUUUUUUCUGUUUUCUCUCAGAAAAGAGAAGAAAAAACUUUUUUUUUGUUAAGUCUACAGCAAAAUGUGAUUUAUAUAUAUUUUUUCUUGUCCUCGACAACUUUAAAUACAAUAUAAUAACUGUAUGACAUAGAUUUUAUCAUUUUUGUAUUAAAUUAACUAUCGGGAUUUUACGUGUUUUCUGCAUCUGUUUAACGAGGCUUGUAACCUGAAUUGCGAUAAAUUUCUUUAAUAAUAAGAUUUGUAAUUGUUUCAUAGUUCGUGUUAAACUCUGGCAUUAGAAAUAUAAAAAGCUUAUACUGGUGCAUUUGAGAACUGAACGAAAAUUUAGGGUAAUAAAAAAAAUGCAAGCUUCUAAGAUGUCGUUAAAGCUUAUGAUCUUAAAUUGUCUUUUAUGAGAGAAAAUCAAAAACUUUAGCCCAUGGGCACCACAGAAAGUAAAUUGAAAAUAGUUCGCUGUAUAUAUAAAAACACUUCUGUUGUUGGAUAUGUAUGCUAUAACUUAUCAAACAGUAGAAAGAGUUGAUUAUUUAUGGUAUAGGAUUUGUUGAUAAGUCACAUAGGGGACACAUUUGACAUAAGUAUCUUGUAGACAAAAAUAGAAAUAAUAUUUGUCAUGUUAAAGUGGUGGAAAAUGUGUUUGUUAUUCAACCAAUCAGUAUGAGAAGCUGACUUAAGUAUGUAAUAAUAUUUAUUAACAGUUUUUAUGGCAAAUAUAGUCCUGUGACAUUAAAAUGGUUUGUCAACAUAUAUAUUUGGGAGGAAAAAAAAAUGCUCUCAGUUUUUUUGUGCCCAUGGAAUUACCCAAAUUAAAUAACUGUGUUUAAGUUACAGAACAAGGGACCUUUUAAUAUCAAUGGGUCUCUAACUUUAUUUUGUAUUCUACAUGGGAUGGUUCCACAUACAAGUAUCUAUUCUUGUGGUUGUUUUUGUAAUUAUCCCAUGCACUUCAUUCAGACUCAGUUUAUAGUAUUUGUAUUAAAUCGUCAUAGCCAAUCAAAGGCCAGCUAUUAAAGGAAAUUAUCCCCUUUUUUUGUUUUUAUAGCAUACUGAUGGGGUUUUACCUAGAACAAAUGUAACUGUAAAUAAGUACAAAGAGAAAUGAUGAUUAGGGUUUCACGAUACAGUUUUGGGAUUGAAGGAACACCUUCUUAAUGCCUGUAUUUCUCAUUGUACUAAGCAGUUAAUGGUUUUUAGAGAAACAAAUACCGAAACCUUGUCCCACCACUUACUAAGCCUAUUCAGUCCAUUCAUUAUCUUUUUAAACAAAAUAUGCUAAAAUAAAAGAGCCAUCUGUAGAAGUAUUUAUUUUAUUAAUGGUCAGUUAAAAUAAUUGCACGUUAGUGAUGAGAUAACCAGUGGACAAAGACCUUUUCAUAAAUGUUUUAGUUGUGGGAGAGAAGUAGUAGUAGUCUUAAGUAUAUUCUACAGAUAAAUAUAUCAUAAAACACAAAUAUUUCUUUAGCUAACAUUAUGUAUGUAUAAAUCAUUUAUUGCCUUUUUAUUUGAACUGAAGGGUGUAAUCUACUUUUCAAGAUUCCUUUUAUGUUUGAUUUCUUAUUCAAAUUGUAUAUUUUGUGGUCUAUAAUGUUUGUGACGAAAGACGCCAGUGUUAUCGAAUGGAAGCUAGGACUAACCAUAGUGUAGUAUCUCAUUUAAAUGUGAUAUUCACAGGUCUCUGCCUUUUAUCGUUUUCAUCGCUCCUUAAGAGAGACGAAAUCUUUCAAAGGAGCUGCUUUAUUUAUAGCUAGCACUUAAGCUACAAUUUAUCCUUACCUUAGUGUAAUGAGACAAGGGAUUGCUGGCGUUUAUCUGUAGGGGAAAAAAAGAAAUUAAUUAUUUUGAUGGAUUCCACUGUUUCAUUUGAUUGGAAACACUUCGCCCCAUUCAGCAUCUUCUACGUGCAGGUAGUGAUUUCAUUUAAAGUGCAAUUUUCAAUCAAGGUUUUGUUUUGAAAGCUAUUUCUUAUAUUUCUGUGUUAGAUAUUUAGAAGAUGCUCUAAGAUGAUUAUUUGUAUUGUUUGAAAGAGAGAGAAAAAAAGUAGUUUCGGCAUAACCCAUUGUUUUGAAUAUUCAUUGUACAUUGUGUAAAGUAGGUUUUAUCUGACUUUUUAAUGUUAUGGAAGUAUCGAGAAAAUGAUCUUCGUGUAUUUGUGAUCGUGACUAGCGAUUUUGUGGCUCCGUACUUCUCGAACUCGCAGGCACAAGUUUGUUGAUGUGACUGAAUAAAUUAAAAGUUUUUCAACACUCCCCCUCCAUUUUCCAGCACCUGAUGCUUAGCUACGUAGUGAUCACUUAUAUCGAAUGGACAUUUCCCAUCAUGCUCCAAAUGAAUAUUACUUUCCUAAGCCUUGCACCCGUUACUUUAGCCCGUGUGAAAUAUGUUCAAUAUAUUUAACAGUGAACGAAAGUAGCUUGAAAAAAUACGGUGUUUCUGUGGUGCUUGUGAAGGUUUUCUUUUUAAAUAACUUGUAUAAAAUGUUCACGUAAAGACUUUUUAUUGCUCUUUUUGUAGAUCAUUGCGUGAGUGGAUGUUCACUGAUUCAAUUUUUAGUUCAGAAAAGGUAGUUGGUAUUGUUAUUUAAUAUGCCUUUCUACAUAACUUGGCCUAAAUUAAAAUUGUAAGAUAAAUUAAUAAUCAAAAUGCUUAACAAAAAAAAACCUUUGUUAUUUUUAUUUUUUAACAAGUACUUGUCUCUCUUUCAGCUUUUUUGUCUAGACGUAUGAACUUAUAAAUAUGUAAUUUUUAAUUUUGGGUUUUAAUAUAGAAUCAACCAGGGCGAUAUUUUUUUUCUGAAAUCUUACGUCACCUUAGAAUUUUCAAUGAAAAUUUCUUGCCCUACCCACCUCUGGCUUGGACAUAAUAUAGGGCCCAAAAAAGUUUAUUAUUUUUCUCGU